AUGGGCUCACUGCUGCCAAUGCCAAACGAACAACAUAAAUUCUUACAAAUAUACUUUAUGGGCGGCGAGGAUUCCGGAAGCGCACUUGCCGAUCGCGUGAAUGCACGUUGUGAUUAUAAUAACCUUGAUUCAUUUUAUGCCAGGCGCAUCGUCAGCGAGCUAGAUGCUAUUUUGAACGAGCACAACGAGUUGUUGAAAAUAUUCAAAUCACAUAUGCACCAAUUACAAAGCGAUAAUCACGCUAUUGUCAUUAAUCCUGAUAAAACACCAGCUGGAGAGCAUAUUCGUAGAUUCAAUGCACCCGCUGUUGAUGAUGUUGCUGUAAUCAUGGUUGGCGAUUGUACAACUGCACGAGAAAUUGUGAUUCGUAGAAGAAAUAAUAAUCUUCAGUUCAUUGCUGACACACAUCGUUCAUAUGACGCUCUACAAUAUCCGCUAAUAUUCUGGAAGGGACAAGAUGGAUAUUGCAUAAACAUAAAACAACGAGAUCCCGUAUCAGGAGCUGAAACAAACAAGAACGUUAGCUCAAAGGAUUAUUAUGCGUACCGAUUAAUGAUUAGACGUGGCCUGGACAACGUCAUUUUACGAUGUCGAGAGCUUUGUCAACAAUUCAUGGUCGACAUGUAUGCGAAGAUUGAAAGCGAACGACUACGAUACUUACGAUAUAAUCAACAAAAGCUGCGCGCGGAAGAGUACAUUCAUUUGCGAGACGCUAUCAACAACAACGACGACGUCGCCGAAAUUGGUAACCAUGUCAUUUUACCAUCAUCGUACGUAGGCAGUCCACGUCAUAUGCAAGAAUAUAUACAGGAUGCUCUGACUUUCGUGCGCGAAUAUGGACGACCAUGUUUAUUUAUCACGUUCACAUGUAAUCCAAAAUGGCCAGAGAUUACAUCUUUGCUACUACCUGGCCAAAAUGCAAUACAUCGCCAUGACAUUACAGCACGUGUGUUCAGACAAAAGUUGAAGUCUUUAAUAAGUUUCAUUACUAAAUUAAAUGUAUUUGGUCCCACACGUUGCUGGAUGUAUUCGGUUGAGUGGCAAAAGCGAGGAUUACCUCAUGCACACAUUUUGGUUUGGUUCAUCGACAAAAUCCGUCCUGAAGAAAUCGAUAGUAUCAUUUCUGCCGAAAUUCCAGAUCCAUCCACUGACCAACUGCUGUUUGAUAUUGUUACAACAAACAUGAUUCAUGGUCCAUGUGGUACUCUUAAUAGUUCAUCGCCUUGCAUGGCUGAUGGAAAAUGUACUAAAAAUUUCCCUAAAGAUUUUACCAAUGAUACGGUCACAAAUGUCGACGGAUACCCAAUAUAUCGUCGAAGAAAUCCUGAAAAUGGCGGACAAUCAUUUAUUAAAAAUAUCAUCAACACAGACAUUGAUAUUGACAAUCGUUGGGUGGUGCCAUAUUCGCCUCUGCUGAGCAAGACAUAUAAUGCUCAUAUUAAUGUUGAGUUAUGCAGUUCUGUAAAGAGCAUCAAAUACAUUUGCAAGUAUGUCCAUAAAGGAAGUGAUAUGGCUGUGUUUAGAGUGGAAAAUACUAAUGUGAAUGCUCCUCAAGUGAAUAAAAACGAUGAAAUAACGCUCUACCAAAUUGGUCGGUACAUCAGCUCCAAUGAAGCUGCUUGGCGUAUCUUUGGUUUUCCAAUUCAUGAACGGGAUCCAGCAGUUGUUCAGUUAGCCAUCCAUCUUGAAAACGGUCAGCGUGUAUUUUUCACGAACGAGACAGCGAUUGAUCGUGCAAUAAAUCCACCUAAAACUACACUCACUGCAUUUUUUGAAUUGUGUAAUCGUGCGGAUGAUUUUGGUGCCUUUGCACGAACAUUACUCUAUUCACAAUGUUCAUAA